UGUGAACCCGCUGUAGCUUCUGUUUCCAGGAUGUCGGCCCACGAUCAGCUGGUCGUUUAUUUGUGCGAAUUAACAAGGUUAUUAUGGAUGUUGCUGCUACCACUGGUGUUUCUUUGUGUCCUGCUGAUUGCUGUUCUGGUCCUGAUGGUGCUGGCCGUGCGGUUCUGGCUGCAGAGCACCAGGAACGCACGGCGGGCGAGAGACGGCCGUCCCACGGUGGCAUUUUUCCACCCUUACUGCAAUGCAGGAGGCGGAGGGGAGAGGGUUCUCUGGUGUGCCAUCAGGGCACUCCAGGACAGGUAUGUGGACAUAAACUUUGUGGUGUACACUGGAGACUUGGGUGUGACGGGCCAGCAGAUUCUUGAGGGAGCGCGGCGGCGUUUCAACAUUGUGCUCCCCCGGCCGGUUCAGUUUGUGUUCCUGAGGCACCGACUGCUGGUGGAGCCCGGCUUAUUUCCUCACUUCACCCUGUUGGGGCAGAGCAUCGGAUCCAUCUUCCUCGGCUGGGAGGCGCUGACGGAGUUUGUCCCGGACCUUUAUAUCGACUCCAUGGGUUACGCCUUCACAUUGCCCCUGUUUCGCUACCUGGGAGGCUGCAGUGUUGGGAGCUACGUGCAUUACCCCACCAUCAGCACCGACAUGCUCUCUGUCGUGAGGGAAAGGAAUCCCAGGUUCAACAAUCCCGACUACGUCUCCAACAGUCUGUUCCUGAGCGCCUUCAAGGUGGUGUACUACUGCUUCUUCGCCCUGCUCUACGGCAUGGCCGGCUCCUGCAGCGACCUCAUCAUGGUCAACUCCUCCUGGACCCUCCAUCACAUCCUGUCCUUGUGGCGCUCUCCCAACCGCACCAGCGUGGUCUACCCACCCUGCGACGUCAGCGCCUUCUUGGACAUCCCUCUCGAGGAGGACGGCGACAGGAAGUGCCACUCCAUCGUUUCCAUUGGGCAGUUUAGGCCGGAGAAAGACCACCAUCUGCAGAUCAGAGCCUUUAAGAAGGCGCUGGACAGGAGGGGGGGACUGAAGCUGGUGAUGAUCGGUGGAUGUAGGAACGAGGAGGAUGAGGACAGGGUGCUCAUGUUGAGGGGGCUGUGCCAGCAGCUGGGUAUAGCUGACAAGGUGGCAUUUAGAGUGAAUGUACCGUUUGAAGAGCUAAAGAGGGAGAUGGCAGAGGCCACCAUCGGACUUCACACCAUGUGGAACGAGCACUUUGGAAUAGGGGUUGUGGAGGUCAUGGCAGCAGGGAAGAUAAUCCUGGCCCACAACUCUGGAGGUCCAAAGCUGGACAUCGUUGUACCUUUUGAAGGGCAGCAGACUGGAUUCCUGGCAGACGACGAGGACGGUUACGCGGCAGCCAUAGAGCAGAUCCUGGCUCUGCCGCCAGACAGCCGCUUACAGAUCCGACGCAGCGCCCGCCAGUCCGUGGCUCGCUUCUCAGAUCAGGAGUUCGAAGCUAACUUCAUAGCCGCCGUGGAGCCUCUGAUGGGAACGCUGGAGUGAUAAGAGACUGAACCUUUGUGUGGUCAACGUGAUGUUUGGAUGCACUUAGGACUGCAUUUAUACUCUGGGGCUGCUGACAAAACAUGAUCAUCACAGAAAGUGGAUGAAAAGACCAACCUUUUAUAGAGGUUGUGAAGAAUGUGAGGUACUGCAGACACUGCUGAAAUCAAAGAACUAAAAAUAUACAUAUAUUAGAGAAUAUUACAAUCGUGUUGCUGUUUCAGAGCAAAUGCAAAUGUUAUGUGUUCAACAUUCCUUCGUCAAAUGUGGCGGUUUUGUUAAACUACCGGUAAUCUUUAUUCAACGGGGAACAAAUAAGCUUUAGUUUGAUUAUAUGCGAGAAAAUAUUGUAAAAAAGGAGAAUACAAAUUUUAAAUGUAUUUAUUGUGUACACGGUUUAUGAUUCUAUAUGUGCACAAAAUGUGAAUUAUUUUUUUAUACCGAGGAUGUAUGUGAUAAAAAGGCUUUUUCUUCAUUUGUGUCGCUGAGUUUUGGACCAAAUUAAGUGUAAUGUCUGGGGUUAAAUGUUUAA